AUGUGGUUUCGAUCUUUGCCCCUCUUCUUGCUGGCCAUCCUGGGCCUGGCCCUGUCCGCCGCGGCCAACAAGCCCCUUGCCGCAGUCGCCUUUGUCGACGUGAAGUUCGACGACAAAGCCGCCAUCUGGACCCUCCUGCUUGAUCCUCGUUAUCGCAAAGUGGUCGCCAUCACCUCGGGCAUCAAUGCGCACGAUCAAGCCGCGUACGAGCUGUACCGUUAUGUGCACGAUCAGAACAACACGCCCUACCGCAAGGUGGAUAUGAGCAAGCUGGAGAUCUUGCAAGGAACGAACGCGCUUGGACGCGCAGCUCCGCACGAGGAGUGGUGGGCGGGCUUGCCUCGAUGGGUCGUGAACGCUGCGACGGAGCAGACGUUGGUUCAAGGACUUCACGGGUAUCGUCUACGAAUCUUCCAGCUGGCUCCGACGGCGCCGUACCAGAUCGAAGCGGUGCUGCAGGCAACGCAGCCAGGCGACGUCGAGAGCUUCAUGCUGCUCCACGGGUACAACUCCGGUCAGGCGAGCAAGGCGCAGGAGACGGCAUUCCUGCGCAGCCUCCGCGCCUCUGUUCGAGCAAAGAACCCGCAAGCAGAGGUGUUUUUCACCUCUUCGCUGGACAGCUAUGCGCGGGGCGAUGGGGGUAAACAGCCGUACGCGGCGAUUCGACACAUAUUCCCGCAGCGCGAUCUGGAUCAGGCGAUGAGGGAUCCGUUCUGGUCUCGCCAGCUACUUCGUGCGCAUGAGGCGGGUGUAAACAUCCCCCCUUUCCCCGUGCAGGACAAGCAGCAGCUCGACGAGAUCAUCUACAACGCGAGGGUCCACCCGGAGUACCCUACGAGCGCGCAGUGGCGGCGCUACAUGACGGACUACAUCCAGAGCGCGCUGAGGGCUAACCCGAAUGCAGAUCAUAUGACGCUGACGAGGCUGAAGUAUACGCAUCUGCCCGAGUUCUCGGGCGCCCCGACGCUGGAGCUCGCCGAUGCAAGUCACGUCGCUGCGUUUCAUCGGUAUCUAGACGAGGGGUCGCGCAGUGGGAUGCACGUGCAUCCGGUAGCUUACCCCCCAGGUCCGCAUGAGGCGGGCAAGCGGGUCGGGUUUGUGUCGGCUGCGGGCAACGAGCUGCACGGAGUCUUGCUCAAGGGCGCAGACCGAGAUCAGGAUCUGGAGUACAUCAAGCGUCUGGCUGGCAUCCCGCACUGA